AUGUCGAGAUUCGACCUUUUAGGCUACCCGGUCCCUGAAAUGUGGCAUUUCCUGACAUCCUUGAAGCAGUGGCUGGACAUCCUCAUUGGUGCUGCACGUGGCUUGGAGUAUCUCCACAGCUUUGGCCUUGUGCAUCGCGACAUCAAACCCGCCAACAUCCUCCUCACCGCAGACAUGCAGGCCAAGAUUGCGGACUUCGGGCUGGUGAGAGUGGUAGAGGGCUCCACAGUGGGCACCACUCGAGUGAUGGGAACACCGGGCUAUGUGGAUCCCAUCUACUUCCGCACGUCAAAGGCAACCAGCGCUACUGAUGUCUACAGCUUCGGUGUGCUCAUGCUUGUGGUCCUCACACAACGGAGCCGCCCGCUCUAUAUGGAUGAUGGAAAUUGCGAGCACAUCUUGUCAUGGGUGGAGGAGUGCAUUUCCUCCGGCGCCCCAUCCCGCCUCAAGGACCUCAGCAUGGACGCCCCGGAUGAUGCUGUGCUGCGCCUGGCCCAGCUGGCUCUUAGUUGCACUGUGCAGCGCACUGCAAGCCGACCGAGCAUGACAGGCAUUGCCAACGAGCUGCUUGCUACCAGGAAUGAGGCGGUGGGGGCAGAGGAGCUGAGUGCAGCAAUUAAGGUGGACGAGCAAGCCCAAGAGAUGAAGAGUGCCUCUUCCAUUGUGACAGGCUUGGAUGCUCCUCUGCGGUUUGCUGAUAAGCCUCCUACAUGGAAGUCUCUGUGGCAAGCAGCUAGUUACUGGACUAAAUUUGUCUGA